AUGGGUCUCACUAGUCUACCUGAAGAUGUCCUGCUGGACAUAGCCUCGUUCCUAUCGGUGUUUGACCUACUCUCGCUGAAGCAAACCUGUCGCGCUCUGCAUGCGUUUGGAUCGUCGGAUUACUUAUGGCACAACUUGGCCGAUCAGCUGGAACUACCCCUCGAUGUCCCUCCAGGGAUCACCAUCAAGUCAUUGUCGCACGAUGAACUGCAACAGAUCGUGAUCAAGGCCAUUCGCUUGGAAGUGAACUGGCGUGAAAGAACGCCCUCGGCAAAGCGCAUAACGCCGCUCGUUUGUGACACGGACGAACCAUAUGUCGACGAAAUGCAGUUUUUGCUGGGAGGAAAGUGGCUGUUGACAGCGCAGCGUCAUCGUCAGGUGGAACGACGCUGGCACUCGCGAAUCGUCUUGUGGUCGCUUGAGGACGUGCAAGACGCCUACCGAGCUGCUACCAUUGAGCUGCCCGGCGCAUAUAGGAGCUCGACAUUCGAAUUGCAGAAAGGAGGGGAGUCCGUUACGUUAGCAGUCGGCAUGAACGAUGGAGCAGACGUGAUUAUAAUAUACUCCGUCGACCUGCGAGACCGUCCCGAGUUCUCUUACUUUGCUCCUCCUGCACCUUCUCCACUUAGGAGGAUAUCCCUACCUGGCCAUCCCCGUGCCCCGAAUAUACGCCCCGUAAUACAUCAACUGGCUAUUUCUGAAGGUCGCAUCGCUGCAACUGUGGUAGUUCCGGGAGGGAAUUGUUCAUUGCAAUUGUUCGUCGCGGACACGCGGACCAUGUUCUCUGGUUGGGUUCACCCCCGAUAUUUCGAGUCAUUCUCCAAUUUGUGGGUACGCUUGUAUGAAGGAUUUCUGCUUCUACUCGGCACCAUGCACUCAAGACUCGGCACCAUGCACUCAAGGCUCGUACUCCGAAUUUACAAUAUCCCCACCAAGCGACGUGCUGGUAUGCUCCAGCCAAUCACAGACAAUCACAGCGACGAUGAAGACCAUCGCUUUGUCGACCUCGGUCCUGUCGUUGCCGAGUUCGAGCAGCCUCUGCGAGCAGACUCGGAGAUUCAUGACAUCAGCCGCGUCUCAGUUCCGUCAGCUUCCUGCCUCUCGGUCAUGAUCUUUUACUCCUUCCACGACUCUUCCUCCGGCAUCGGUCAGGUCACGCGCUUCCGUCUUCCGCCCUCCGCAAGAGAGGAUAAUGGCGGUGUCUCGGGUGCCACAAGCUACUUCCCCAUGCCACCACACGUAUCUGCGCAGCUAGCGCAGGUCGGCCCUGGUGGGCGUGCGAUUUGGUUAGAGCAUAAUUGGGAGACGCAAAACAAGAGGAUUAUGCGGUAUCAGCCAAGAAAAGGGGCCAGAGUUGGACUGCUGAUACCUUCAGACCCAGCGCUGCCAUUCACGCCAAAUAUCUGCCACUCGCUUGCGUUCGACGAGGUCACGGGGCGGGUUUGCCUAGGGCUAUUUAAUGGCGAUGUCUAUGUUUUGGAUUUUGUAUGA